UGUAAUUCGCACACAGAAUCUGAAGAUGAAGGUGUUGGGUAUUUUCGCUUUGUUGGCUGUGAUAGUGUGCAGUUCUGCACUGCAUAGAAUCAAGCUUCACAAAGUCAAGAGUGUGAGACGAACUCUACAAGAGGUUGGGACAAGUAUUAAUCUCCUGAAGAAUCGCUAUGCUGGCUUAUUAGGCAGGGAUGGACGUCUGCGUGGACCAGACCCAGAACCUUUAUCCAACUAUAUGGAUGCCCAGUAUUAUGGAAACAUCACAAUUGGGACACCACCCCAGUCCUUCCAGGUGGUAUUUGACACUGGUUCUUCAAAUCUCUGGGUUCCAUCCAAGAAGUGCCAUAUCACUGACAUAGCUUGUUUACUUCACCACAAAUAUGACAGCACCAAAUCUAGCACUUACAAGGCUAAUGGUACAAAUUUUGAGAUCCGUUAUGGCACAGGCAGUCUCACAGGAUUUCUCAGUACAGACUCUGUGACGAUUGGAGACAUAACUGUCAAGGGUCAGACCUUUGCUGAGGCCAUUACACAACCAGGUAUUACUUUCGUAGCUGCAAAGUUUGAUGGAAUCCUAGGAAUGGGUUACGACACCAUCUCUGUAGACCAUGUGAUGCCAGUCUUUUACAACAUGGUACAGCAGAAGCUUGUUGACAGCUCUGUCUUCUCCUUCUACCUUGACAGAAACCCAGGUGCAUCAGAAGGUGGUGAGCUGAUCUUGGGAGGCAGUGAUCCUAAACAUUACUCUGGUAACUUUUCUUAUGCUCCAAUCACCAAGAAAGGCUACUGGCAGUUUGACAUGGCUGGUAUUCAGGUAAAUGGCAAGCCCUCAUCUUACUGUAAAGGAGGCUGCAGUGCUAUUGCUGACACAGGAACCUCCCUGUUAGCAGGCCCCACAUCAGAGGUCAAGGAACUCAACAAACAAAUUGGCGCCACCCCAUUGGCCGCAGGGGAGUACACUGUUGAUUGUGACAAGAUAUCAAGUCUGCCUCCUAUUUCCUUCAUGAUUGACAACCAGAUGUUCACCCUACAGGGUAAAGACUACAUACUUCAGGUAACAGAGAUGGGUGAAACAGUAUGUCUCAGUGGAUUUAUAGGAAUGGAUAUCCCAGCUCCCCUUGGUCCUUUGUGGAUUCUCGGGGAUGUCUUCCUUGGCAGAUUCUACUCUGAAUUUGACUUGGCUAAUAAUCGGGUUGGAUUUGCAAAGUCUGGAAGCAGUAGCACAGCACUUAAUUCUGAUUUCAGACAUCCUGAUUUUGAUUGGAGGGACCAGAAUGUCCACAACUGGAACAUACCUAUGAACUAAGGAUGCACACCUCUCCUACCCUUUACUGUAGCCAACACUCAUUAAAUUGCAAUCAAACAACUAUCACUAUGGAAACACAGUGUUUCUCAUUUUGAUGUUAAAUAACUUCAUUGGAAAAAGCUAUCAUAUUUCAGAUGAAAUUUGUAAACAAUGUUUUAUUUCCAACAUCAACAUAUUGCAAGAACAAUGGAAAAAACAAACGGAGUAUAAAAAUUAUUGGAAAACAAGCAAUAUUCUUACAUUAAUUCCUGUCUUUGUGAAGCAGUAAACUGGCUGUUGGCUUACGUGAAUCUUUUACCAACAUUUAGAGCACUUGAAAUACAAUUUUGUUUUUCUUGGUUGAUUUUCUAGAACAUCAGUCUUGACAUGAAAUGGAAAAAAGAAGCACUUAAUGAUGUGAUAACUUGAAGGUUUACUCAGUAAUCUACCAGAUUUUAAUUCUGGGAAAUUACUUUUUUAUCAACAAAAGAAAUAUUUACUGUUAGAUACAUAAAAGAUUUAGCAGUGAAGGCUGCUACAAGUCUUCAGGAUAUAUUUCUAUUGAUCCAGUACCUAAUUGGACAUAUAAGCAGUAUAUGACAAACCUUGUGCAUGUAACCUUGGACCUAAUUGUCAUCAACAAUAUAUUGGAUUUAUUUACCAAUAUUGAAUAAAGAUCUGAAUAGUAAUGACAUGAUACUACAAAACAACUGUUAGAUCCAAGUUCAUCUCAUUAUGAAAUCUCAAUAUUUUUAGUUAAAAUAUAAAAAAAUGUUAUGAUUUAUGUGAUGUAAAUGAUUAUGGUUUCAUAGGUGAUAUAGAUAUGAGACCCAAGUUCUGUACUCAGAAUGAUAUUUUUAAGGAACUAAAUAUUUCUGGAAACACAUACUUUAAUAUAGUUGGACUCACAAUUUUAACUUUACAGUUGGAAAGAGACAAUUAGAAAGGAAAGUGGAAAUAUUGCAGAUCUGUGCUAUACUAAGUGCUAAUUGUUUUUGUAUUUUGUAAUUUUGAUAUUCCAUGUAUUUUUGAGAUGUUGUUGGGAAUUUCAUUAGUAACAUGGUCAAAAGUGAAGAUCAUAUUUGUCACAUUUCUUCCACUUCACCUUGCAGUCAGGUACAUGUAUUGCAUAAUAGUGGCAGUGUAGAAUGGUCAUUUGCUUUUAAUUCUUAAUUGGCAUGAGAAACCAUGACAGGAAAACAUUAAUGCAAUAUCAUAGUGGCAUUAAAAAAUCAGCCAGUCCUUAUCAAUCUAGUCUGCAUGUGGAAUCCAUUCUACACUAAUAUGGUUAAUAUUUAGCGAUGUUGAUCAUCUGGCUAAUUUACUGAUUAAGUCAUGAAUUGUGUAAUGAAGUUGUCCCACGAUCUCACCCGUGAUUUCUGUCCCAAAUAUAAAAUAAAAUUGUCUUAUAAAACCA